AUGACUGAAGACGCAUACGACAACACCACAGCACUCCCACGCACUGUCAGCGGGAGUUCAAUUGACCACGUGAUGGAUCAGCACCUGAUCCCUUGGGCGCUGUACGACUUGUACGGAGCUCGAGCUCCGGACUAUCUUGAGACGAUGCAGAAUUACUUUCGGCGUUUCCGUGGAUUGCGUGGGUAG